CAGUGAGCAGUAUCGAUCGUGCGUGAAUGACAUCUCGACGUAAGCGAUCAGUACUGUGCUUGAGCGACUGGAUAUUAUAGACCGUGGGUCCUAACACGGCCAUGACAUGUGGCGAGUCAUGAUGCCUCGUCAUUUCUAGCGUUGUCGACAGCUGCAUGACUCGCGCAACAACUUGCGUCAGUCCGGAAUUAUGGCAAAUACUUGGGAUUCAAUGCGAUACGAUCAUUGAGAUCUUCAUCACCAGCUCGAUAAUCGCCUCUCGAACACAACUCGUAUCACAGCUGUCAGCCAGAAGCUAUCAAAGCAGCCUAAUCCACCGCCACAACCGACCGAAGUAACGAACUCCGACCUCACACAAGCGCCAUGGACAACGCAAACAUUUCUCCCGAGCUGCUCCAGGGCCUCCAAAACCUGCCCGACAAGGACAAGCUCGAACUCUCACAAUUCGUCGCGGCCGAGACCCAAAAAGCACAAAUCCAAUCAACCGUUCACCAUCUCACCGACAUCUGCUUCCGCAAGUGCAUCACCGGUCGUAUUUCGGGCAGCCAGCUCGACAGCAGUGAAAACUCCUGCAUGCAGAACUGUGUUGGGAGAUUCAUGGACGCCAAUAUGCUGGUCGUGCGCAACCUCCAACGCCAACAGGGGUCGCAUUAAGUUGUCCAGGGGUUGGAUAUUUGCAUGUUCUACAAUAGCCAUAGUCGCCAUGGAUUCGAAGAGAGGGGAGUUCGUUGCCUGUCGAAGGAGAGCAGGAAAAAGACAGGCGAAGAUCUCCACAGCACGUAUCAUCAGAUAUAGAUGCUGCUGUGUCACAUUAUGAUUAGAGGGCGGCGAGUUCGCGUGCUUCGGGUUGAGACACGCUUGUAGAGUACGGGCAUUGAAUGUACAACAUGUUUUUGUUUCGGGACCGACAUCACAAAUGACGACAGCACAGUAUACCGAGGUGGAUAAUGCAAGACCAGGCCAACAUUGUUAGCUCACUGGCUAUCUAUUCAAUCAUGAUCAUCUCAAAUGGACAAUCCCGACCGGGGGGAAAUAUGUGAAGC